GGGCCUCGGCCGCCCGGAGCGCGGAGUUGCGGGAACGGAGCCGGGGUUAGCGGCGCUGCUGGAAGAUGGCGAGCGGCUGGGACGCGCGGCCACCCUGGCGGCGGGGGCGCCUCCCGCUGCUUAUGUGCCUGCUGCUGCUGCUGCGGAGCCCGGUCCAGGCAGCGCACAUCAAGAAGGCGGAGGCCACGACGACAACGACAAGCGCGGGCGCCGAGGCGGACGAGGGCCAGUUCGACCGCUACUACCACGAAGAGGAGCUGGGCUCCGUGCUGAGGGAGGCGGCGGCUGCCGGGCCCCCGGGCCUGGCUCGCCUCUUCAGCAUCGGCAGCUCGGUGGAGGGUCGGCCGCUUUGGGUGCUGCGCCUCACGGCCGGCCUGGGGCCGCCGCCUCCUGACGGCGACACGGGGCUCGACGCGGCGGGGCCGCUCCUGCCCGGCCGGCCUCAGGUGAAGCUAGUGGGCAAUAUGCACGGCGACGAGACCGUGUCCCGCCAGGUGCUCAUCUACCUGGCCCGCGAGCUGGCGGCUGGCUACCGCCGUGGGGACCCGCGCCUGGUCCGCCUGCUCAACACCACCGAUGUGUAUGUGCUGCCCAGCCUCAACCCCGACGGCUUCGAGCGCGCCCGCGAGGGUGACUGCGGUCUCAGCGACAGCGGCCCUCCCGGGGCCAGCGGCCGUGACAAUAGCCGCGGCCGCGACCUCAACCGCAGCUUCCCGGACCAGUUCAGCACGGGCGAACCCCCGUCCCUGGACGACGUGCCUGAGGUGCGCGCCCUGAUCGAGUGGAUCCGCAGGAACAAGUUUGUGCUUUCUGGAAAUCUACAUGGUGGCUCAGUGGUAGCAAGCUAUCCUUUUGAUGAUUCUCCAGAACAUAAGGCUACUGGAAUCUAUAGCAAAACCUCAGAUGAUGAAGUAUUUAAAUACUUGGCAAAAGCCUAUGCUUCAAACCACCCCAUCAUGAAAACGGGUGCACCCCAUUGCCCCGGAGAUGAAGACGAGACUUUCAAAGACGGGAUCACGAAUGGCGCUCAUUGGUACGAUGUGGAAGGUGGUAUGCAAGAUUACAAUUAUGUAUGGGCCAACUGUUUUGAGAUCACGUUAGAACUGUCUUGUUGCAAGUACCCACCUGCCUCGCAGCUUAAACAAGAAUGGGAGAAUAAUCGUGAGUCUUUGAUCACAUUGAUUGAAAAGGUCCACAUUGGAGUUAAAGGAUUUGUUAAAGAUUCAGUAACAGGGGCCGGCUUAGAGAAUGCAACCAUCUCAGUGGCUGGUAUCAGUCAUAAUAUCACGACAGGAAGAUUUGGUGACUUCCACAGAUUACUUGUUCCUGGAACUUAUAACAUUACAGCGGUUUCAACUGGGUAUAUGCCACUGACUAUUAAUAAUAUAAUUGUGAAAGAAGGACCAGCUGCAAACGUGAAUUUUUCCCUUCGGCCAACUGUGGCUUCAUUAAUCCCUGCCGCAACUGAGGUUGUAGUAACCGCUAGCACAGUUGCUAUUCUUAAUAGUGCUCUUGGAACACAGUCCUCCCACCAGCCAGUCCAGCCACAGGACUUUCACCACCACCAUUUCCCUGAUAUGGAAAUCUUUUUGAGAAGGUUUGCCAAUGAAUAUCCUAACAUCACCCGGCUUUAUUCAUUAGGAAAAUCAGUAGAGUCAAGAGAACUUUAUGUAAUGGAGAUAUCUGAUAAUCCAGGUGUCCAUGAACCAGGUGAACCAGAAUUUAAGUACAUUGGAAAUAUGCAUGGAAAUGAAGUGGUCGGAAGAGAACUGCUGUUGAACCUCAUCGAAUACCUUUGUAAGAACUUUGGAACUGAUCCCGAAGUAACAGAUUUGGUUCUUAACACUAGGAUUCACCUUAUGCCAUCCAUGAAUCCGGAUGGGUAUGAAAAAGCCCAGGAAGGAGAUUCGAUAAGUGUGAUUGGCAGAAACAACAGCAACAACUUUGACCUGAACCGAAAUUUCCCAGACCAGUUCAUUCAGAUCACAGAUCCUACCCAACCAGAAACAAUUGCUGUAAUGAGCUGGAUGAAGUCCUAUCCAUUUGUACUAUCAGCAAACCUGCAUGGAGGUUCUUUGGUGGUUAACUACCCUUUUGAUGAUGAUGAGCAAGGGCUUGCCACAUACAGUAAAUCACCAGAUGAUGCUGUGUUUCAACAAAUAGCACUUUCUUAUUCCAAGGAAAAUUCCCAGAUGUUUCAAGGUAGACCUUGCAAAAAUAUGUACCCUAAUGAAUAUUUUCCUCAUGGAAUAACAAAUGGAGCUAGUUGGUACAAUGUCCCAGGUGGUAUGCAGGACUGGAACUAUUUACAAACAAAUUGUUUUGAAGUGACUAUUGAACUAGGUUGCAUAAAAUACCCAUUUGAGAAAGAUCUGCCAAAAUUUUGGGAACAGAAUAGAAGAUCUCUAAUCCAGUUUAUGAAACAGGUUCAUCAGGGUGUCAAAGGAUUCGUCCUAGAUGCCACCGAUGGCAGAGGUAUAUUAAAUGCCACCAUUAGUGUUGCUGAAAUUAAUCACCCAGUAACUACUUACAAAACUGGUGAUUACUGGCGUCUCCUGGUUCCAGGAACUUAUAAAAUCACAGCAUCUGCUCGAGGGUAUAAUCCCGUUACCAAGAAUGUGACCGUAAAGAGUGAAGGUGCUGUUCAGGUCAACUUCACACUUGUUCGAUCUUCAACAGAUUCAAACAAUGAAUCAAAGAAAGGCAAGGGGGACAGCACCAACGCUGAUGAUGCCAGCGACCCAACCACUAAAGAGUUUGAAACUUUAAUUAAAGACCUGUCAGCUGAGAACGGUUUGGAAGGCUUCAUAUUACGCUCCUCCUCAAAUCUGGCUCUUUAUCGAUACCAUUCAUACAAGGACUUAUCAGAGUUUCUGAGAGGACUUGUGAUGAACUAUCCACAUAUUACAAAUCUUACCAAUUUGGGACAGAGUGCUGAAUACCGUCACAUAUGGUCCCUUGAAAUCUCCAAUAAGCCCAAUGUAUCUGAGCCUGAAGAACCAAAGAUUCGUUUUGUUGCUGGUAUCCAUGGAAAUGCUCCAGUUGGAACUGAACUGCUUUUGGCUCUGGCAGAAUUUCUCUGCCUAAACUACAAAAAGAACCCAGCUGUUACCCAAUUGGUUGACAGGACUAGAAUUGUGAUUGUCCCUUCUCUAAAUCCAGAUGGGCGAGAGAGAGCUCAGGAGAAAGACUGUACUUCAAAGAUAGGACAGACAAAUGCUCGUGGAAAAGACCUGGAUACAGACUUCACAAAUAAUGCCUCCCAGCCUGAGACUAAAGCCAUCAUUGAAAAUUUGAUUCAGAAACAGGACUUUAGUCUUUCUGUUGCUUUAGAUGGUGGUUCAGUGCUGGUCACAUACCCAUAUGACAAGCCAGUUCAAACAGUGGAAAACAAAGAGACUCUGAAGCAUUUGGCAUCUCUUUAUGCAAAUAAUCAUCCGUCGAUGCAUAUGGGUCAGCCAGGUUGCCCAAAUAAAUCAGAUGAGAAUAUUCCAGGAGGAGUAAUGCGUGGGGCAGAAUGGCACAGUCACCUGGGCAGCAUGAAGGAUUAUAGCGUUACCUAUGGCCACUGUCCGGAAAUCACAGUAUACACAAGCUGCUGCUACUUUCCUAGCGCAGCCCAGCUCCCUUCGUUGUGGGCAGAGAAUAAAAAGUCUCUUCUUAGCAUGUUGGUAGAGGUUCACAAGGGAGUUCAUGGAUUUGUUAAAGAUAAGACUGGAAAACCAAUCUCGAAAGCAGUCAUCGUGCUCAAUGAAGGCAUAAAGGUGCACACAAAAGAGGGAGGUUAUUUCCAUGUACUGUUAGCUCCAGGUGUCCAUAACAUCAAUGCCAUCGCCGAUGGGUAUCAGCAACAACAUUCACAGGUCUUUGUGCAUCACGAUGCAGCUAGUUCUGUGGUGAUAGUCUUUGACACAGAUAACCGGAUAUUUGGUUUGCCAAGGGAGCUUGUGGUAACUGUAUCAGGUGCCACCAUGUCGGCAUUGAUCCUAACAGCUUGUAUUAUCUGGUGCAUCUGCUCUAUCAAGUCUAACAGACACAAGGACGGCUUUCAUCGGCUUAGGCAGCAUCAUGAUGAGUAUGAAGAUGAAAUCCGCAUGAUGUCAACUGGCUCCAAGAAGUCUCUCUUAAGUCAUGAGUUCCAGGAUGAAACGGACACCGAAGAGGAAACAUUAUAUUCUAGCAAACAUUGAAACACGCACUUUGCAUCUCUCCCAGCAUAAAUACAAGCAAAGUCACAGUUCCUUUUGGGAGACACUGCAUUAAGAAGAAAGACUACCUUGCUUCUUCAAAGAACUUUGGGAAGUUAACUUGCUAAAUUUGUAUUCUCUGUGAAUUUGACUGGCAACUUUGAACUUCCCCUCCUUAAAGUACUCUUACUUAAAAAAAAAAAAAAUCUGCUUUCUAUUUAUGCAGCAGAGAUGGGACAGCCACUUUGUUUUUCUUUUUAAUUUAAGAUGAGCUGUUUGGAGCUUCUGUUAUAACUGCACACAGCCAACUAGUGGAUGUUUUAUUUGGCACAUCAGGUGUUUACUAGUGGCUUAAGCUUUUUCUCUUUAUUUUAAAUGGCCAAAAGCAUCCAGAAACAUUAAGGCAGGGACAGCAGUCAGAAUCUGACAUAGAGCUUUAAAAACUCGAGGUUUUCUCAACCUAUUGAGGAGUAUUAUUCUCUAGUUAUUAAAUAGCUGGAGUUUCUCUUUUUAUUCAGGUGUAAUGGAGGCUGAGUUGAUUUUGAAACUUAUGUAACAUUAGGAGAUGAAUAAAUGGGCUUCCGUAUUUGGCUUUCUACCUAUUCCAAGGCUAGAUCAGAACUGGUGGGCUGUGCUCUAAGCAGGAUUUCACUACCUCUCUUGUAAGGUUUAGCAAAGUUCUAAAUAUCCCCAUUUUAAGGGAGAAGUUGUUGACUUUGUUAUAAAAGAUCUAAAUGUCCAUUUGAGUGGAACUGAGAGGGAGAUCCAGCAAAAGCUAAAACUCCUAUUGCCUAUUCAACUUGGUAAAAACCCACAGGUGCUGCUGAUGCUGCUCUUAUCUGUGAAGCACUACUUUAUUCUAGGAAUGCCUAAAUCAUUAAUAUUUACUAAAUUUGAACCUUUUCUAUGUUGUACACUUACGGUUUUCAGAUGACCUGGCAAUCUACAAGAUCUGAAUUCUGCUGGAAAUAUCUGGAAGUGUAGAAGAGACCUACUUGUACGUUCUUAACUUACAUUUGAACACAAAAUAUCUACACUCAUGUCCAGCCCAAGCUUUCUCCCUAAGAUAGCAUCCUGUUAUUGAAAUAGCUUGGCCUGUCUUAUUCAUAAGGACCUCUGCAAGUGAUUGGGUUCUUUGUCCUAAUGUUUCAUUUGCCAGUUUCUUCUGGAUCAACCAAUUUUGUUAAAAGUUCAGUUGAAAGCAUUUAAAUAUGGCUCCCUCCAUUAAAAAAUAAUAACAACAACACUGUGGUGAGAAUCAGGUUAUUGCAAAGGCCUAAAAGAUUUGCAUUUUAUUGUCUAUCAUAUUAUGUUAUUCAGUGAGAAUGAUGCUUUUUAUGAGUCUUACCAAUAAUCUAAGGGUUUAACACCUUUGAGUAUUUUAAUGGCCAAGUUGCUGCUGAACUUGUAACAAAUCAGGGGGUCAAAAAACUUGCUCUCAUCUUUUCAAAUUGUCUUCUGUAUCUGUUAAUGUACCAGUCAUCCCAAAGCGUUCAUCUGGAGUGGUUUACCAUCCACCUAGGUUAUUCAGCCAACUUUUGCGAGAAAUGUGCCCAAAGUGGCUUUAUAGAAAGAGAUUUGGUUUAGCAGGAAUAAUGAGGUCAUGGCAUUUAUCCAUGAGUAUCUGUGACCUAAUUUGGGUGGUUCAGGGUUAAGCCAUUCUGGUACUAGUCGUGUUUAACUAUGCUAAAUUUUGAGCCCUUGCCACCACACAUGCACAGAGCAGUUUGUGGGGUGAUAAUGCUUAAUGAAAUAAUCAUGAUUUUAAUUUCUUCUAAUACUACUUUACAUUUUCCAUAAGGGGAUGAUGUGGGGGGUAUUGCUCUUUCAAGCUUUAUUUUUAAGAGUGCAUAGUCAGAAAGGCAACAAAGGGCCUGUGAGUGGCUGGCUCGGCUUGAGAUAUUGCAGGUAGAAUUGAAAUGAAGUUGAUGUGACAGCCUUUAUUCGUACUGGUCUUCACUAAAGGAUGCCUUUUCAAUUCAUUUCUCUCUUGAAUUAAAUGUCUUUCACUGUACAUCACAGUGGCUGGAGUCCAUGCCUUUUAAGCAUGCGUAAAGAGUUCUUUCAGUAAUGUUUCAUGAAAGGCAAACCAAAUUCUGCUAUAAUCUCUAACGAAUUUCUGAAUAAUGCAUUGCUCUGGAAAACAAGGCCUUUUUCGCUUGUGUUGUCUGUUAACAUGAAUGUACAGGAUCAUGACUACUAAGACUGUGUUCUCUGCCUUGCUUUGUCUUUUAUUUGUGGAUCUAAUCUAGUAUUAGGCCACAUUAACUGCUUAAGGCAUCAAAGCCAUAUGGCAUGGGGAAUGCAUUUCUUCAGUGUUUCUUCUAGAGACUUUCCAUUUCCUUGGAGUCAUGGAGGCAAGUAAGUAUCCCAGUAUUAAGAAAUUCACCCAAACCUGAGUUGUGCCUUCCUUUACUCACAAGGCAUGUGGUUUUUGUUUUGUUUUGUUUUGUUUUGGGGGGAGGGGUGGGGGUUUGUCCUGGUGAUCAAUUUGUAAGCCUUCUUCCCUCUGGCUCCUAAAUAAAAGCAAAGUGAUUGAGUAGGUAA